UCAACAAGUCACUCCAUUUGUGUCCUAGACAGUACCCAAAGCAUUACUAUGGCCAAACAAAAUAAGUUCUCAGUCCUCACAUCAACCACUCUUUUGGUCAUUAUAGUUUCUAUUUCGGAAAUGCUUUGUAGCCCUCUUGAAGAGCAACAAUUGUUAAAGCAACAUGAGGAGUGGAUGGCAAUCCAUGGGCGCAUCUACAAGGAUGCGAUCGAAAAGGCCAAACGGCUUGAGAUAUUUAAAGAGAACGUUAAGCGCAUCAACGCCUUUAAUAAUGGUAAGGAUGUGGGAUAUAAACUAGCUGUGAACAAGUUCACAGACCUAACUAACGAGGAGUUCCGUGCUUCCUCCACCGGCUACAAGAGGCCUACAAGGGUCCUGUCCUCUGGGGAUGAAAAACCGUUCAAGUAUGCGAACUUCACCGCCAUUCCAGCUGCCUUAGACUGGCGAACCAAGAAGGCUGUGACACCUGUCAAGGAUCAAGGCGACUGUGGAAGUUGUUGGGCAUUCUCGGCAGUGGCAGCUAUGGAAGGGAUUACCAUGAUCAAGAAGGGGAAGUUGGUGCCACUCUCAGUACAAGAACUCGUGGAUUGUGACGUUGACGAUAAUGGCUGCCAUGGCGGGCUCAUGGACAGGGCCUUCAAGUUUAUCAAGAGCAAGGGCGGACUCUCCACCGAGGCGAACUACCCCUACCAGGCAAAUAACGGAACCUGCAAUACGGCCAAGAUGGCAAACCCCGCGGCCUCAAUAACUGGAUACCAGGAUGUGCCGGCCAAUAACGAAAAGGCCCUCUUGCAGGCCGUGGCAAACCAGCCAGUCUCGGUGGCAAUUGAGGGGAGCGGGUUCAAUUUCCAAUUCUACUCAAGCGGUGUGUUCUCUGGCUCGUGUGGAACCAGUAUCGACCACGCCGUCACGGCGGUCGGGUAUGGGAAGACCUCCAGGGGAACCAAGUAUUGGCUGCUGAAGAAUUCAUGGGGCACUGGAUGGGGUGAGAGCGGGUACAUGAGGAUCCAGCGGGACGUGAGUUCUAAGGCUGGUCUCUGUGGCCUUGCCAUGGAAGCUUCUUAUCCAACCGCAUGA